AUGGGCGGAAGAAUUAUUGCCCCUACAACUCGAGGACGAGGUCCGUAUAAUUACAAAAUUGGAGGACAGAAUCAUCACUUGAUAGGUAGUUUGUUGCCUCCUAAUGGUGCACGUCCUAAGAUUUCUCAACUUUACAUAUACGAUACGGAGGAUGAAGUUAGAAAUAGAAAAACUGCUGCAAGUUCAAAUAAAUCCGACAAGUUCGAGGAUCGCUUAGUCACACAAUUACAAGAUAUGAUAGAUCAAAAUAACCCUUUAGCUAAAACUUUCAGAAUGGCAAGGGAUAGGAUACAAGAUCGAGCUUUAGAAGCGGCCACCAUACGGUUAUCUUGCAGGUUGUUACAACAAUUUUUAGUAGAUGCCUACAAAAUGAUUGAAGCUGUAAGGUUGUCUUUUCUUAGACACAACCAACAGAGCCUUAGAGCCGUGAAUGUGAAGAAUUUAAGAGGGGCUGUCGAAAGAGGAGAAACGGAAGGAGCUUCAACUGGAAGUCGUAUAGUAUUGCCGGCUUCAUUCACCGGAGGGCAUAGCUAUAUGAGAGAAAACUAUCAGGAUGCGAUGGCUAUUUGUAGAUGGUACGGUUAUCCGGAUUUAUUCAUAACAUUUACGUGUAAUCCUAAGUGGCCAGAGAUCACUAGAUUUGUAAGGAAAAGGGGACUCAGGCCAGAAGAUAGCCGGACAUCGUCAAGAUCCAGAAUUAUAUCAAGCUGUCACCGAGUUCAUGAUGCACGGUCCAUGUGUGGUACAGCAAACACAAAUGCACCGUGUAUGGUUGACAAGCAAUGCAGUAAGCAUUUUCCAAAGAGGUUUAUUGAUUCGACUAAAGUGGAUGAUGAAGGAUAUCCCGUUUACAGGCGAAGAGAUAACGGAUCUACAGUUGAUAAGGGUGGAGUUCAUCUUGACAAUAGGUAUGUUGUUCCAUAUAAUGCUGAAUUGCUACGUAAAUAUCGAGCACAUAUUAAUGUUGAGUGGUGUAACCAGUCAAGAUCAAUUAAGUAUCUGUUCAAAUAUAUAAACAAGGGGCAUGAUAGGGUUACUGCUACGACAUACCAAGAUAAACAGAAAGAAGGUGAAGGGAAAGAAAUCGAUGAGAUAAAGAUGUCCUAUGAUUGUCGAUACAUUUCGGCUUGCGAGGUAAUUUGGAGGAUUUUUGGAUUCAACAUCCAUUAUCGAACUCCUGCUGUGGAGAGGCUAAGUUUCCAUCUACCAGGAGAGCAAACUGUUUUGUUUAAUGACCAUGCUGAUGUAGAAUCCGUGCAUCUACCACGUAUUGCCGGAUCUGGUGAGAAGUUCUAUCUUAGGACGUUGCUAAACUUUGUUAAAGGAGCGACGUGCUAUGAAGACAUUAGAACGGUUGAUGAUGUAGUGUAUCCUACCUUCAAGGAAGCUUGCUAUGCAAGAGGAUUACUUGAUGAUGAUGAGGAAUAUGUUUACGCGAUCACGGAAGCGAGUUUUAGAGAAUCAGGGCACUACCUAAGACAUUCGUUCUCCAUGUUACUGUUAUCCGGGAGUAUGUCGAAGCCGGAGGAUGUUUGGCAUAAGACUUGGAAGUUACUAUCUGAUGACAUUUUGUACAAGCAGCGCAAUAUUCAGAGAAAUAAAGACCUACAGUUAACAGACGAUCAAAUCGAAGCGUUUGCGUUGGUGGAGAUUGAAACCAUGCUCCAAAGUAAUGGCAACAGCUUGCGUAGAUUUAGUGAGAUACCAUUUCCGGAUGAACUAAUCAUGUUUGAAGGACAAAACAAGCUUAUUGCAGAUGAGCUUUCUUACGACAUAGAGGAAAUAACGUUGGAACACGAUAAAUUGUUUAAGGGUCUAACUGAUGAGCAGUCCAUCAUUUAUCGCAGAGUAAUGGAUGCUGUGUCGAGUCAAGAAGGAGGUGUGUUUUUCGUCUACGACUACGGAGGUACCGGAAAAACAUAUGUCUGGAAGACAUUAUGUGCCGCAGUAAGGAAGAUGGGCGAAAUUGUAUUGCCUGUAGCUUCGAGUGGAAUUGCUUCUCUCCUCCUUCCACGGGGAAGAACGUCGCUUUCGAGAUUUGGUAUCCCUUUGAAUGUAACUGAGAAUUCUACAUGUGCCGGAAUUCGUCCUGGGUCGGAUUUAGCUGAUCUUCUCAUCAAGACAAAACUUAUUAUAUGGGAUGAAGCGCCCAUGAUUCAUAAGUACUGUUUCGAAGCACUUGAUAGAAGUUUGAGGGACAUAAUGAGGUUAGUUGAUAGGAGAAACAUGCAUCGACCGUUUGGGUGUAAAGUUAUGGUGUUUGGUGGUGAUCUACGUCAGAUAUUACCAGUUGUACCAAAGGGAACGAGGCAAGAUAUCGUGUUUGCUACCGUUAAUUCGUCUUACUUUUGGGAUUCGUGUAAGGUCCUAACACUUACUCGCAAUAUGAGACUUCAAUCAGGUUCUUCUAAAUCUUCUGCUGAUGAACUGCGAGAAUUUUCGGAGUGGAUACUAAGCGUAGGAGACGGUGCGGCCGGAGGUCCUAAUGAUGGAGAAGCCUUAAUUGAGGUUGCAAAAGAUAUUCUUAUAGAUCUAGGCCUCGAUCCAAUUUCAGCAAUUGUUGAUAGCACUUAUCCAAACCUACAUGAACAUAUUUGGGAAGCUAAAUAUUUCCAAGAAAGAGCAAUUUGGCCCCUACGAAUGAGAUAG